CUCUAAACAAAUAGAAUGGUUGACCGAUAAUUCCUCCAUCAGCGGGGGUUGUCGGUUGUUGAAAAGUCAACGGCGUAUAUUUCUUCUGCAUCAGACGAAAGAAGAAUUGGAUCGAUAUUAGUACACAAUCAUCAUCGAGUCCACUACACAGGAAAAAAUCAGAUAAUGGCGUCCACGAUGCUGUUCACGGCGGUGUUCGCUCUGGAAUUCGUCGCUUUCCUCCUCGCUCUGACGGCUGAGCAGACCCGAAGUCGAGCUACAGUUGUGGUGGACACCAAUUGCGACUACACCUACUGCGUCUACGAUUCCAACAUCGCGACGAUCUGGGGAUCCGCCGCCUUCGGCUUGCUACUCGCCGGUCAAUUCCUCACCUGCUUCUUCCUCUCCGGCAAGGCUUCCGGCAACAAGCGCCGCUGCUGUGCAGCCAUUUCCGCCGCGAUCUGCUGGAUUGCAUUUUUGGGGGCAGAGGCCUGUUUGCUGGCGGGUUCAGUGAAGAACGCGCAGAGGACCAAGUACAGGUUCCUAUACAUGGCGGGAGAUCCCCACUGCGAGACCCUGCGAUCUGGGGUUUUCCAGAGUGGAGCGAUUCUGAUUAUGAUCUCCAGCUUCGCUUCUAAGAUGAACGUCUGGUGGUCGGAGACGGAGGAAGGCGCCGGUGCCGGCGAUGGCUGCGGCGGCGGCGACUUGGGAGCCUAUACUCCGCUCUAAACUCCAACCGGCGUACAGUUUCUAUACGGUGUCGUUUUCACAUGUGGUCGUCCAGACUGUAUCCUAUGAAUGAGUAGUGAAGCGCACGUUCCCCCAUUAAGAAAUUAUUAAAAUGACGCCGUUUCGUGUUGACUCCUUAAUUGGGUUUCACGUUUGAAUUAGUUACUUACCUUUUGUAUGGGCUCACGUUAUAUUUAACUCAGGUUUUUCUUCUGUAAAUAUAUAAAUUAUCCAUAAUUAUUUUCCUGAUAUGAUGUUAAUUAUGUAGGCCACCAAUGACGAGCUUAAUUAAAUUGAGCGGGCUUUCUCAUGAUUCUAGCUGCUGGCAAUAAGCCCAGGCCCAUGGGCCACGAAAUGAUGGUCUCAGGGGUGGUUUGGAAGUUGCGAUUGUUAAAUAGAUGUAUUGUUGAGAAUGCAUGUAUAAUAUUAUACAUGCAUUGUCGAAUUUGAUGCAUUGUAGAAUACAACGUUUGGUAUGUG